AACAACACGUCACUUAAAUUGAAUAGGCAUGUGAAGAUAAAUAUAUUGCUUUGUUUUUUUUUGAUCACUUUUUAACAAUCUGAUAAAAUAUCAAAACAUUCAGAUAGUUUUAGCCGUUUAAAGGUUAUUCCUUAAUCCCAAUUUAAGAAUUGAGAUUAGCAAUUAUAUGAUCCAAGAGGGGAAAAGACGCGAAAUUUUUGCUAAUUUCAAAUUUAAAUUGAGACAAAAAAAAAACAUGACUUUCUAACACUGUUCACGAGACGACCGUGGCGCGUGUUCCGACACGUCUUUAUCAAACCAGUUUCAAUUCACAAACACAAGACUUUGGUUCCUCCCUAAUCUCUCUCUCUCUCUCUUUUUCACUUCACUCUCUUCUUCCCCAUCGAAGACUCGUCUUCUUCUGCUUCAAUGGCCGAAUUUCCAGAACCGGGCACUGUAAACCCUGACUCGGAUCUAUCGAAUGGUCGAGCUGAGAAGCCUGAGAUAGACACUUCGGCUCCGUUCGAGUCAGUGAGAGAAGCAGCCACUCGUUUCGGCGGUUUUGGUUUCUGGAGACCUUCUCUCAAUAAACUCCCAGAUGCUUCUCAGGAAAAUAUCCAAGAACCUGAUAUCAUGGGACUCAAAGCACAAGCUUUCGAGCUACAAAGAGAACUAAUUGUUAAAGAACGCGAAACGCUAGAGGUGUUGAAGGAGCUUGAGGCGACUAAAGCCACAGUCUUAAAGCUGCAGCAGAGGAAUGAAGCUUAUGAGGAGGACACGUUGAGAGAAGAAGUUGACAGUCAUAUCAAGCCAGCGGGUGUGGUUCUAAAGGAUUUAAGCCAGGCGAAGAUGAAUUUGUGCAAGAUUGCAAGUAUACGCGAAUCUGUGGAGCAGUUGAAGAAUAAACUGAAUGAGGAAAGAGCUGCACUUGAGAAGACACGCGAGAGACUUAUGGAGAAAUCUCUCAAGGUGUUUUCUUUAGAGGAAGAAGAAGUGAGAGUAAGAUUUGCCAAGGAGGGUCAAACCGGCGAGAAAGAUCUUGGAAUGUUGAAUGAGGUUCAAAGAUUGAGCCGUCAAGCUCAAGAGGUGAAGAAAACCGGAGAGAAUGCAGAGUUGGAAGUUGUGAAAGCAAUGGCUGAGACUGAAAGCACAAGAGAUAAGAUUAGAACAGCUAAGAUAAGGUUGGUGGCUGCUAGAAAGAUGAAGGAAGCGGCCAGAGAGGCUGAGGCGGUUGCAAUCGCAGAGAUUGAGGCUGUUACUGGAAGUAUGAAUGUUGGUAAGGCCGAGGCUGUGACUAUCUCUGCUGAAGAGUAUUCUGUGCUUGCUCGUAGUGCUAGAGACGCAGAGGAAGAGGCGAGAAAGCGAGUGGAAGAUGCAAUGUCGAGAGUUGAAGAAGCUAAUGUUUCAAAGAAGGAUGUUCUGAAGAAAGUUGACGAAGCGGCUCAAGAAAUUGAAACCAGCAAGAGAGUAUUGGAGGAAGCUGUGGAGAGAGUUGACGCUGCAAAUGCUUCGAAGAUCGAAGCAGAAGAGGCGCUGCGAAAAUGGCGGUCAGAGAAUGGACAGAGGAGAAGAUUAUCUUCUUCGGUGAACAACACUUCCAAGUUCAAGAGCAGAAGAGAGACAACAACACGUCUGAUGGAUGUAAACGGUCUGCAUCUGACAUACGAUGUUGUUGACGGGUCAUCAUCUUCUUCAACGGUCCCAGUCUUGAAACCAACAAUGUCAAUAGGACAAAUACUGAGCAAGAAGCUACUUCUUGCAGAGGAUUCAGAUAUGAAUGUUGCUAAUGAGAGAAGAAAAAUGUCGUUGGGUCAGAUGCUUGCAAAGAAUAGCAGUAGUGAUAAAACUGUAAGCAAGAGAAGUGAAGGGAAAGAGAAUGAGAAAAGGACGAAGACUCGAAAGAGAAAGAGUUUCGGAUUUGCUAAGAUCUCUGUGUUGUUGAACAAAGAGAGCAAGAACAAGAAGAAGAAGAAAAAGAUAGCUUUGAACUUAAGGUGAUAUUUUGAAUCUGUUGAUGACUUCUUUCUGUUUUGUACGUGAACCAGUAGUUUAAGAAAACAAAGUGUAUCAUCAAGUGCUUUAUUAUAAUGCUAAUCUAGGCUAAUUAAUCCCAAUACGACCAUAUUAGCAUUGACAGAGAAACGAAACAGAGAAGAUGAUGAAGUAUGGAAUUUUUCAGUAACUUAAUUCUAUUACAAAGCUU